AUGAUACAGUUGCGGUCGAGGGCACAGUUGCCUAAGAUUAUUUGGAUUUACUUGGGAGUGACAGGAGUGAUCAAUGUGAUUUAUGUGACUUUGGUGCUGAUUGUGUCUCGAGUACAUUUAGUAGAAUCUCACGUACAAACGGAGGAUUUUCAAAUGGUUAUGUCGAAAGAAUGUGCUACGAUUAUCUUUCAUGCGUUUAUUGAUGUACAGAACAUCUUUUACUUGUUCUUGAAUGGAGUGAUUUCUUUCUUCUAUCUGUACUUGGUGCAGAUAUUCUGUAAGGCUUUGCGGUUCUUGGUUUUGGAGAUUUAUAUCUUUAAACAGGGACCUUACUCCUUGAUAGUUUGGGGGUAUAUGAUUCUGGCGUUCGUUAAGGUGGUUAAUGGACUGUUUUGGAUUGGACAGGCUAAAGUGUUUUUGUAUAAACGGACUUAUGUGAACUCGGAAGGAAGUGUCCAGGCUUCUUCUUAUUAUAGUGUUUACUAUAUGCUGCAAGGAUGUUCAAUUACUUUGCUGACUCAGAGUUUGUUCCAACUGUUCUUUAAUCUCUACUUGGAACCGUGUUCUACUAAAAACCAGAUCAAUGCGGCCGUUUCAGCUGGAAUUACCUUUCUGAGCUGGCACUUUCUGUGGUUGGAGAAGGGAUACAUGAAGAACAAACAAACAGUUUAUAUAUUGAAUGCACUGAAUUUAUGCCGGUUUAUCUUUAUCUUCUUGAUCUCAGGAGAAAGAAGGUACUUCUUAAAUUUGGUUCAUCGUGGAAAAACACCAUUAGAGAAGUUACAAGGCAUCUUUUUCCCUUGGAAAGAAGACAAGAAC